CUCGUGUGUUUGUGAGUGUUGUGUGGAGUCUGCGAUCGAAACGUGUGUUUGUUAUCCAAUAGUAUACCACAAGAAGUGCCACUCAAUUGAAUCCAAACGAUGACUACUUUGGAGAAAAUCGCGACAAUUGAGGCCGAGCGAUUGAUUGGUGUGUUUGUGGGACAGAUGGCUCGGACGCAGAGGAAUAAGGCAACGAUGGGUCACUUGGGGCUCCUGAAGGCACGGUUGGCUAAACUGCGACGAGAACUCAUUACACCCAAAGGCGGCGGAGGGGCCACAGGGGAGGGCUUCGAUGUGGCCAAGACUGGCGACGCCCGCAUCGGUUUCGUGGGCUUCCCAUCGGUGGGCAAGUCGACACUUCUGACCACUUUGGCCGGUGUCUACUCAGAGGUCGCCGCUUAUGAGUUUACGACACUCACCACCGUUCCCGGAGUAAUCAAAUACAAGGGCGCGAAGAUCCAACUCCUGGAUCUGCCGGGGAUUAUAGAGGGCGCCAAAGAUGGCAAAGGAAGAGGUCGUCAAGUGAUAGCUGUGGCGCGAACUUGUAGUUUGAUUUACAUCGUGUUGGAUGUGUUGAAGCCGUUGCAGCACAAGAAGCUCCUCGAGAAGGAGUUGGAGGGCUUCGGACUGCGGCUCAACAAAGAGCCGCCGGCGCUGACGGUCCGCAGGAAAGACAAGGGAGGCAUCAAUUUGCAGUGUAUGGUACAGCAGUCGGAACUCGAUUUAGACACCGUUAAGACCAUUCUGUCCGAGUAUCGCAUCCAUAACGCUGAUGUCUUCGUCCGAUUCGACGCCACCACCGAUGACCUCAUCGAUGUGAUCGAAGGCAACCGGAUCUAUACGCCAUGUCUUUAUAUCCUCAACAAAAUCGAUCAGAUCUCCAUUGAAGAGCUGGACAUCAUCUACCGGAUCCCUCAUUGCGUCCCCAUUUCGGCCCAUCAUAAGUGGAACUUCGAUGACUUACUAUACAAGACAUGGGAUUACCUUAAACUUCAGCGAAUUUAUACUAAACCGAAGGGACAGUUACCUGAUUACGAGUCGCCCGUCAUUCUGAACAUCGAGAAGAAGUCUGUGGAGGACUUCUGUAAUAAACUGCACCGGACUAUAAUGAAGGAGUUUAAAUAUGCACUGGUUUGGGGCACAUCUGUCAAACACAACCCACAAAAGGUGGGCAAAGAUCACGUCCUCAAUGACGAGGAUGUCGUGCAAGUGGUUAAGAAGAUUUAAAUUAAAUGUCUCAACCGUUUAACAGCUUUUAUGAUUGGAUUAUAAUUUGUAAUUUAUAUAUAAAAACUAUUUUUAAUAAAACAAUUUGAGAUUUC